AUGGAAAAGGCAAACAAGUGCUCUAAGGAGGAGUGCGACAACUGGGCAGGCGAUGACGGCCUGUGCAACGCCUGCCGCCGCGGACCCAUGACCGCGGAGAAGCGCGAGGCCGAGGAGGCCAAGCAGCGCGACACCCGGCGCAAGCGACAGAAGGCCGAGGCCGUGCCGCCGUGCGCCAAGUGUGGCGGCCGUCAGAUGCUGACUAUGUGCGCGCGGUCGUGCGACGGCAACUCCUACACCCUGCCCAACGGCGAGGCGGAGCAGGGCUGCUACAUGCCCCACUUCCCGGGCUUCACCUUCGCCGACGGGAUGGAGGUCAAGGUGUGCGUCGACUGCGGCACGGUCGUGGGCUUUGACUCGGACAGCCUCAAGGCCGCCAUCGCGGAGGCCGAGAUCAACCUGCGCGAGCAGCGAGGAGAGGAGUAG